AUGUCCGGGCAGUGUACUGGAUCCGACGUGGGGAUGGGAGCGGCUUCCCCUCCUGCUGCCGGGAGAGUAUCAGUCAGAUAUUUAUGCUGUCUGUUCUGCUGCCCACCUUUUCCCUCGUCGAUAGUUUCGAAGCUGGCUUUCAUGCCACCCGAAUCCAGCUACACGAUCACGGAAAACAAUAGGUUACACUUGCUGGAAGGGCGUGCGGAGUGGCCGCAUGAUCCUGACCAUCUGGCUACAAAUGUUGAGAUGUUCGUGGCAAGUGUAUGCAUUUCAUCUACAAUCGUUAAUCCAGAACUAGAAGAAGAAACAAGAUUUCCGUGCGUUUAUGUUCGCCCUGUACCAAACGCUUACUUUACGCUACUGUUUUCGCACGGAAACGCUGUAGAUAUCGGACAAAUGACAUCAUUUUACUGGGGCCUCGGUCAUCGUCUUGGUUGUAAUGUGUUCAGCUAUGAUUAUUCGGGAUACGGGUGCUCAACGGGCAGGCCAUCAGAGAAGAAUCUUUACGCCGAUAUAACCGCAGCAUUCGAAACGUUAAAAACAAAAUUCGAGCUAUGUACUAAACGAAAACCACAGUCGCAAAUGGAUGUGGGCUAG